UGUAGUUUACUAACUGCUGAAUCUGAUAUUUUGUGCAUUGCCCAGCAACUUUCUUUGAAGGGGUUUGCUGGAGACACUGCCAAGGCUCAUGCAAAGACAAGCAUGAUUGCAGGGGAGGGAGUGAGCAACAUCCGAACAGUUGCUGCCUUCAAUGCCCAAAACAAGAUCCUGUCUCUCUUUUGCCACGAGCUCCGUAUCCCUCGGCUUGGAAGCCUUCGCCGGAGCCAAACUGCCGGCCUUCUAUUUGGCCUCUCUCAGCUUGCAUUGUAUGCCUCUGAGGCUCUCAUUUUAUGGUAUGGUGCCCACCUUGUCAGCAAAGGUGUCUCAACCUUCUCCAAAGUUAUCAAAGUUUUUGUGGUCCUGGUUGUAACCGCUAAUUCAGUUGCUGAGACUGUUAGCCUUGCCCCUGAGAUUAUUAGGGGUGGUGAAGCUGUUGGUUCAGUCUUUUCAAUCCUCGAUCGUCAAACCAGGAUCGACCCGGAUGAUCCCGAGGCGGAGAUUGUUGAAACAAUUCGCGGUGAAAUUGAACUUAGACAUGUUGAUUUUGCCUAUCCAUCACGACCUGAUAUCAUGGUCUUUAAAGAUUUUAAUCUGAGAAUCCGCACUGGCCAAAGCCAAGCACUUGUUGGAGCUAGUGGUUCAGGAAAGAGUUCUGUGAUUGCAUUGAUUGAGAGGUUUUAUGAUCCCAUAGUUGGGAAAGUAAUGAUUGAUGGCAAAGACAUUCGACGUUUGAACUUGAAGUCUCUCCGGCUAAAAAUUGGUUUGGUACAACAAGAGCCAGCCUUGUUUGCAGCCAGUAUUUUCGAAAACAUUGCCUAUGGCAAAGAAGGGGCAACUGAAGCAGAAGUAAUCGAAGCAGCUCGUACUGCCAAUGUGCAUGGUUUUGUUAGUGGAUUGCCUGAUGGCUACAAAACCCCGGUUGGGGAGAGAGGGGUUCAGCUCUCAGGGGGACAGAAACAAAGAAUUGCAAUAGCAAGGGCUGUGCUCAAGGACCCAACAAUACUUUUGCUUGAUGAGGCCACAAGUGCACUUGAUGCUGAAUCAGAAUGUGUACUACAAGAAGCACUCGAGAGGCUUAUGAGGGGCCGCACAACCGUGCUGGUUGCCCACCGUUUAUCGACGAUCAGAGGGGUGGACAGCAUUGGUGUGGUGCAAGACGGGCGCAUUGUGGAACAUGGUAGCCACUCGGAACUGGUGAGCCGCCCUGAUGGGGCUUAUUCUAGACUGCUGCAGCUACAGCAUCAUCAUAUAUGAGAGAAGAGUUUUUUUGGUCAAAAGCAGCGGCAUGCAUGGCCUUGUUGGGUUGUUAAAUUAUGUUUGUCCCGUUAAUCUUAUCCAUCCACCAUUGUUCUUUUAGUUGUAGAUAUGGCAUAUCAAUCUUCUGAACAAUUUCUCUAAUCUUUAAUGGAGCAGCAAGUAUUAUAUUAUCAAUA